AUGGAUGAACGAAAAAAAGCAAAAAUUCAUUUUUUUGAAAACAAAAAGAAUAAUAAUGGAUUAAACGAUGAUGUAAAAAUAGAUACUUUUAGCUAUAUUGAUUUAUCUCCAAAAGAUAUAUUCCCUUGGGAUUCAAACUACCCUUUUCCACUUUCUUGGCUUUUAAAUUAUGAUUAUAACAUUACUAUUGAAGAUUUUUUAAAAGAUAUAAAAGAGAAUUCAAAAAAAAUAAAAAUAAAAAAUAAAAAUUCAGAAAAUGAGUACAUUAAAUUUGAUUGUUUAUCAAUUGAAGAUAUAAAACCAAUAUUUGUAGGAAUAAAAAAUGCCCAUAAUCUUAUAAUACCUGAGAUUUUGGUUAGCAAUGAAAUACUAAAAAAUGAAAUUGAAAAAAUUGAAAAUGAAGAAAGUCAAGAUCCAACUUUGUUUGUUAGGUUAAACGCUGGGGGAACCACUUUAAAUGGUGAAGAGUUAAUGUAUUC